AUGAACAUUAUACUUUAUCCAUCUCUUUAUGUCCUCAGAUGAAAUGAAAAGAAUAAUACUAGAAUCGCUACAGGUGAAAGAAAGGAAAUGCAAGGAGAAAACAUCACCAUUUGGAGCAUUUUUUUCCUGGAGGGUUUUUCUAGAUACCCAAAGUUGGAGAUUGUUCUCUUCGUCUUUAGCCUUGUAAUGUAUCUGAUAACCCUCUUGGGCAACAGCACUCUUAUUUUAAUCACUAUCUUAGAUUCACGCCUUCAAACCCCCAUGUACUUGUUCCUUGGAAAUCUCUCUUCCAUGGAUAUUUGUUACACAUCUGCUUCUAUUCCCACUUUGCUGGUGAACUUGCUGUCAUCCCAGAAAACCAUUAUCUUUUCUGGGUGUGCUGUACAGAUGUAUCUGUCCCUUGCCAUGGGCUCCACGGAGUGUGUGCUCCUGGCUGUGAUGGCAUAUGACCGUUAUGUCGCCAUUUGCAACCCACUGAGGUACCCCAUCAUCAUGAACAGACAGGUCUGUGUGCAGUUGGCCGCUGUCUCCUGGGUGACGGGGUGUCUGACUGCCCUGCUGGAAACCUGUUGCGCCCUGCAGUUACCCCUCUGUGGGAAUCUCAUCGAUCACUUCACGUGCGAAAUUCUGGCAGUGCUGAAGUUAGCUUGCACAAGUUCACUGCUCCUGGACAUGAUCAUGCUGGGGGUCAGCGUGCUCCUCCUGCCCAUUCCAAUGCUCUUAAUUUGCGUCUCCUAUGUCUUCAUUCUUUCUACUAUUCUGAGAAUCAGCUCAGCAGAGGGAAGAAACAAAGCUUUUUCUACCUGUGCUGCCCACUUGACUGUGGUGAUCUUGUAUUAUGGGGCUGCCCUCUCCAUGUACUUAAAGCCUUCUUCAUCAAGCUCACAAGAAAUAGAUAAAAUCAUCUCUUUGCUUUAUGGAGUGCUUACCCCUAUGUUGAACCCCAUAAUUUAUAGUUUACGAAACAAGGAAGUCAAAGAUGCUAUGAAAAAACUGCUGGGCAAAAUACCAUUGCAUCAAACACAUGAAAAUCUCUGACUGGGUGCCUAUGGUUUUACCAGGGGUGUGCCCCUGGCAGAACUCACCAGAGAAAUUCUAGACAGUAUGCUCACCCUUAGAACACUGACUUGAACCAU